CAGCCUGGGUGUUUCCGGACCGGACCGGACCGGACCCGCCCUCUGGCUGACACACCCAGCCUGCGCUGCAGAGGCCGCGGUGACUCACAGUGUAACUCUAUACCCGGUUCGGUUCGGUUCAGCUCAGCGGGGAACAGACUGGUGUUCCCAGCUCUCGAGUACUGGAUCAAAACCAGUAAAAACUUCAGGAGUAUCUCCACCCGGCCUGAGGAUGAAUUUUUGUCUACGGAUAUUUUCCCUCCUUUUGCUCAUCACUGCAACAUUAACGCAGGAUGGAUUUGAUCUCUCAGACGCUCUCGGACCAGACCCAACACCAGAAAAGCCCAAAGAGCAGCCAGGGUCUCCGAAGCAAUCUGGAAGUGAUGGUGGGCUGAGCCUCUCCGAUGCUGUUGGACCAGAUCCAACACCUGCUCCCAAAAAGCCAAGUUCUGGAGAUUCUGGUGGCUUUGGGUUUGACCUGGAGGACGCUCUCAAACCAGGCCCCACCAAGAAACCAAAGAACCCUGGGUACAAUCCAAGCGGUGGAGGAGGAGGAAGUUUUGAUGAUUCUGACCUAAUGGAUGUUAGCAAAGAUGGUUACAAGCCUGAUGAUGGAGGACGCUCUGGAGGCCGUGCAAUGGACUCUGGCUAUGAUGACCAAGGUGGAGCUGGUAACUCUCAAGGAGGUUCUGGACCGCUUGCAGGAAUCAUUAGUGCUGUAGGCGUCGCUCUGGUGGGAGCUGCGUCCAGUUACUUUGCUUAUCAGAAGAAGAAGCUCUGCUUCAAGCUGCAGGGAGGUGCAGAUCCAGAGAAAGGUCAGCGAGGAGGUCAGUCUAACCCAGGAGACAACCAGAUUUUUAGCAACCUGCUCCGGAACAACUAGAUCCUGAACCAGAACUUGAUCCGACUUUUCAGCCAAGAGCCUUAAGACGUCUUUGGUACAGAAAAGAGCCACAAGUUCCACCAACACAUGCAGAAGAAAAUGACAACCAGCUUAUCUUACUCUGAGCUUCAGCAACAGCCACAAUGUCAUUUUUGUAAUGAUUUCAGGGUUUUAUGAUGAUGUGUUUUAACUUCAUGUAACUCUUGUAAACUUCAUUUUUCUCUUUUUCAUGUUUGCUAAACUGUUGGUUUCAUGUAAUGAGUCACAGCAGGAAAUCUGUUUGCUCCAGUAUCUUCCAUAAAAACCUUGUACCCAUCAGGAAACGAUGCUUGUGGCGUUGGCUUCUGUUUACUGUGGAGAAUCGAAUCUCACCUCCCAAAUAAUCCAGAGAUGAGGAAAACAGAAGUAACCUCAGCCACUGUCCAGGUCAGAAUCUUCUAGUUAGCCACUGAGCUGCUAGAAGAAUUGGUCAUCAUUUGUAAAAAAUAAAAAAAUAAAAUCCUUUUAUAUAGUUCAGAAAUAAGCAACUCAGAACAUUUAUUAUAAUGGGAGUUCUGGGACAAACAUGAUGUGUGACUCGUUGAGAUGUUUUUAGUUUUAUAAGACACGGGUCAUAAAUGUUUGAUGUAGCUGGGCGGGAAUCCAGCUGAAGGAGAUUUAAUGUAAACUGAUUGUUGUGCAACCAAGGGCUGAAAAUAUGUGUGAGACCUUUAGAAAAACAUGGAGACCUGCAACAGAGCUUUGUGCUGUUUUACGGAAGCAUUUAGCUGCUAAAGCUGGAAUAUAAAUAAAGCUGCAGUAUCUCCUUAAAACAAGAAACUUUCUGGUUAUAAUGAGAAAUAAGUCUUAUUCCUCAAAGUGUUGUUUCAUUGUUACAACCUUGUAUCUAAAUGGCAAGAAACUUUCUUAUGACAAAAUGCUACUGCUGUAUUUCCUAGCUGUAGCAGUUAAUUACUUCUGAACUGUUUGAGAUUACUAGCCCUAAUUCUAAUGCUGCACUCUACGUUUAGUUUAGUUUUUCUUUUCUAAACAGUUUCCUGAUGGAUUUUAAACACACCAAGCUCGACACAUAGAGUAGCUGCUUGGUUAAGCUGACUAACUAGCUGCUAACAUGUUGAUAGCCAGACUAACUAGCAGCCAGUUAGCUAGUAACAUCUUAGCUGCAACAAAGAUAUAAUGCUAAAGGCCAAUUUUAGGGGAUUGUUUUGUUUUUUAGUUGAAAAAUUAAGUACUGAUACCUAAAAAAUGAUGUUUUUUAUCUCACAGUUGGAUAUUUGUUUAUUAUGCCUUUGAUAUAAGAUAUAAAUGCUUUAGCUUAGUCCUUUUUGGUUCUGCUGAUUCAUAUAAAACAUCGACGCACGCUGAACGCUUCUUUGUUGAAUCUUAUCACUUCUCUUUCCGUUGAGCCGUUGCUGUUAUCUGUAUUUGGUGCCUUUUGAUUUGAUAGCCCAGGACGUGUUGUUGCAGAACGUCUUCAUUGUGAAAUACAAAAACAAGCUGCAGCUCUAUGUGCUGUAAAUAAUCCACUCCUUUAGAUUUGAGUUCUAUGACUUGUUCUGUCAGAUAUCAGUUUGAAGUGUGUUUUGUUAUUUUAAACUUAUGUCUGUUUUACCUACAUUGACAUUGUGCAGGUCUGUUACUGGAGUACUAAAUGCAUAAUUUGUCAUAUGAUUUCUGGUGUGUACAUGUUUUUAAUAAAGUGUUAUUGUACACUA